GGAGGUCGGAUUUUAUUUUCGACAGGAGGAUCGUGUGCUUGUUUUUCCGCGAGAUUUUUUUAUAUACGCGUGAUUCGUUCGUCGGUGAUCGUCGUUUUCACCGAUCGUUCGGUCGCGCCUGCCUCUGCCUGCUACCGCGAAUGUGGAUACUUCACGGUGCGCCGUGCUGCUACUACUGCUGCCGCCGCUGUGCGUUUGAUGUGUUCACCACGGCUAAUCGUCUCCUAGUUCUGACGAGAUCUGCACAUUCGUGAACGGUUUGGAACUGGUUCGUUAUUGUGCCAGGCCCCGCCGUGAUUGUCACUUGAUAGCAACACCCGAGGCGCCAAAGCUGUCCGCAUCGGCGCUUUCUUCAGCCCAAGUGGUAUCAAUGUUGUCUGGCAAUGGUGUGUAAGGAGAACGUGGUAUCAUGGUUUGGGAAUCUGUCCAGUUAUAAACGUAUCGAUGUCAUGUGCACGUUAUUAAACAUGUGCCUGCCAUUUGAAGUCCGAUACCUUGGCACUUGUGUCGAGGAUAUCGGCAAAAGGGAUUACAAUGACCUCCGCGACACGGAGCAUCAUGCAAAUAGUGCCUCUGAUCUUGCUGAGCUGACAACCUUAGGUGUGGCAGAUAAACGCACACGACGGAAACUUGCUCUCUACAUGGCAUUACUGCAUUCUUGUAAUUAUGCGUGUGCGGUGAUCUUAUACAAGAAUCUGUCAAAUUUUGAUUAUCAAGAGAUCUCCAAUCUAUUAAAUGGGACCACCUUCACCCCGGAUGAUCAGCCAUUAGAAGAGUUGCUCUUACUGUACACAAUGGCAUUAAAUCAUCCGGCGUUUACAUACGAGCAAAAGAGCGUCUUUGGCAACAUUUAUAUAAAACUCCAAGAAGAAGAAGCUCGUAUAAAUCUUUCAAAGUCAAAUUCAUCCUACAAACAGCCACAAGGCCAGGGCUGUGCACCAUGUAUGAAUACGAACGAAAGAUUAAUGGAAAAUGAAAUGCAGGGUAGUUGUAUGAUGGCACCUCCUCCAAUGCAGCCUUAUCAUGGAGAUAUGGCAAUGAGAAAUAAUACUAUGGUAACUGGAGUUCCCCCAGGUCUUUCCAUGCCUCCACCUGGAUUGUGUCUACCAACGCCAGAGCAAAUGCCAAUUGGAUCGGGUGGUGCAGCACAAUAUCUUCAUCUUGGCUUUUCAUCGAUAAAUCAUAUGCCACCGUGGACAGGUCAGGUUAUGAUGGGGAAUCAACUGAUGUAUCACACUGGCGACAUGUUGGCUUAUCCACCUUCCCCCUUAGUCAGUCGUCAAUCGUCGCCAUCCCAGUCUCGAUCUCCUAGUCGCAGUAAUUCCCCAAUGGGUCGCAGGAAUAAUACAAUGCCACGCACCUCUUCGCAAGUGACUCAAUCUACUUCGAACACCUUAACGUCAACGAGUGCCUCUAACAGUCAGACAAGCAUCUCCAGUUCAAAUGCGAAUUCUCUUCCGCCGCUUCCUGCACUUGGUACGAGCAGGAGUCAUCCUAGUCAACCUCCUUUGCUUCCAUCACGCUCUGUUCCCUUGCCUAUCAGCAGUUCCACCACUUUCUCACGGCAUAGUAGCAUAGAGAAUACUCCUUCUACCUUAAUUCCGGCAGCACCACAAUCUAAACAACCACCCCCACCACCGCGAUUGAGGUCAUCAACUUCUGGUGAUUCUUUACGAGAAACACUAGGAAAGGAAAUGCCAAACUUCAAAGGCAAUUUGCAGAAUUUUUCCCUGGACGAGAUUCGGAGGAUGAGCGACGAAGAUUUAAGGGAAAUAGGAUUAACACCAAAUGCAGUGGGACAACUGCGAAGUAUAGUUAAAAGUCAAACAACCAACGGUUUGAAUCAAAUUACUAACGACAAAAAGUUGGACAAUACCAGCAACGCGCAACACGCGGAUGUAGAUUCAAUAGGAAACGAGGCUAUGCCGGGAAUGGAGAUGAUGAAUGAUAAUGGGAAUCAAAGUAGUAAGUCUAUGCCAUUACAGGAACAACAUCCAGCGAUGCAUCAUCAUCAUAAUCAUGCAGCUACUCCUAAUUUACGGCGAUAUCCUACUAUGCCACCAUUAGAUCCUGGGCAAAUACAAAUGUAUCCUGCACCACCGCCGAUGUAUGCUGCACAAAACGCACCGUGUUAUGCCUGUCUUACAUUACCUGUUGCCGGUGUGCAGAAUCGAUAUUCGAGGUGCAAUACGCAACACGUGUACUGUCUGACACAAUUGCAAGCGUUACGAUUGGACCCUGAAAACAGUAGGCACUGUUCACAGAGCAGUAGUUCUGAUAGUACUGGCAGUAGAUCUCCGCCAGAAACUCCUCCGGCAGCACCGUGGGUGAGCGGAAACGAGGGCAAUGCACCAUCGGUUACAGAUCACCUUAGCUCCGUACCGGUGCAUUCUACAAGCGUGAUAUCACAUCCAGCACCCCAACAACCUAUACAAUCGUGCCCGGAAAGACAACGCACUAGACGGAAUCAAACGCACUUGAUGCGUCACAAAAAUCAAAUGGUGAACGGCGGUGGGCCACCGAACUUAUCGCAAUGCGUUACCUUUCCCACGCCGCCAUCGCAUUCGCAGGUCACGUAUCUGCCUCAUGGUCAUUUCUCCACCUUGAGACCGAGCAGUGGUAUUUACUCGAAUUUCUCACAUGGACCGUACGCGAGGCCAGCUUAUCCGACCACGUAUCAGCCGAACGGUGAAAUGAUGUACCCCUAUCCUGGACAUCCAUCUUCAGGUGGAACACCACCACCGCCGCCAAAUGCUGCCGCAACACCUGUACAGGCACCGUAUAUGCCACCUACUCCGGUCGUUACGUACGCACCGGCUGCCGUCCCGCCAACGAAAAUCUCGUGUUAUAACUGUGGUAGUAGUAAUCACGUCGCAGUUGAUUGUAAAGAUCAAACAAUGGAAGACAUUACCAAAAAAGCUCAGUACCGUCUAGACUACAGCAUAAUGAAACAACCUGGAGAGUGCCCAAGUUCUGAUAAGUGAUCCCCUGCUAUGGACCACCGAGCAGUAUACCGUCAUCGUCAUUACCAUAAUUACUGUUACCAUCACUGUCAUUAUCAUUCCCAUUGCCACUAUUACCAUGACCCCGCCACAGCAAUACAACCUAAGGACCGUUCGAAAGAUGACUGCUAUCGCUCCCUGUGCAAGUUUUCGGUAAUUUUUGUAGACAUCCCUUACAUUCAGGACGACGAUUUUUUAACAGAGGACGUUUCGCGAUUCACGGUACCAGGUAUACUUUUUACAAGUUCUUAUUUAUGAUAGUAAUUAUUCUUAACUAUGAUUGUAAAAAAGGAUGUGUUAGUCGUCGUGUACAAAAAGAAAAAGAAGUGGGGAGGGGAGGGGGGCGGGAAAGAUAACUAAAAGGAAGCAUAACGCAGGAAUCCGAUGUUCUUAUCUAUGGUUUUAGAGUACAUUUUGAAAGGUUUGUGUUUAGGUAUUGACUCGCGUCUUUCCAACGAUACCUAUUUGGGCUACUUACCCUAACCCGCACACCACCUACACCACCCCCCACCCCCCCACCAUCUCUCUCCCUGUUUCUCUAGUAAACUAGCCAUAAACUAAACGCAAAGAAAACAAAAAAAAGGCGAAACAACGCAUUGUGCUCUAAUUAGGUGAGAACUAUUCACGUUUGACUAUAUUUAUCAUUGAUACUUUUACUUCUACUAGUACGUCUACUACCAACUAUUACUACUAUUACUAUUAAACUAUUACUAUUACUUCUAUUAUCGCUACUGCGCCGCGACGUUUUUAUGUAUAUAUAUUUUCUCAAUUCUUAUGCGCGCAGUGUUCGAACGAAUGUAACAAAAAAAGAAAAAACAAAAACAACAUACGGUGAGGAUGAAAUAAGUCGAAAGAUUAGCGAAAAAAGAGCGAAUGAAUAUUAGACAACGAGAGGGGGAGAGAAAGAGUGAAAGAUGUAGAUAGAUUGAUUGGAGGAACGAAUGAUAGAACAACAAACCAAUAAGUGUUCGAUCAUUUAGCUGCCGUUGCGCUCCUGUGUGUAUAGAAAAAACAAAAAACAAAAACAAGCCACAAAAUAAUACGCCGUUCACCACUCAUUUAAUUAACUUAUCGAUAGCUGGCUAAGGAAACGAGCAAACUCAUCCUAUUUAUACGAAAUAGUCAUGCAGUCACGUGCAACUUAAGCAGUUUUAUACGACUUUUAUUGAUCGCCCAUCUUUUUUAAGUGUAGGCUAAUGUGUUACACAUGCGUUUAGAACCUUUCUUAGUGGGUUAACGAAGAAUAAGGAAACCAGAGAGGAGAGUCAAAAAAAAAAAAAAAAAAAAAAAUAAAGAGCAGAAAAACGGGAAAGGAGAAGGAAAAUAACACAAUUCUAAAUAUAAAUCAUGCUCUAGCGUUUAGGGCGCGAGUGGGAGUCGCAGUUCUUCCGCCUUGUGUUGUGUUUGCAACUCGCCUCGUCGAUAUGUUGCUAUUGCAUUUCAAAAAUCGACGCGAAAAA